CUGCAGGGCAGAAGAUGGAGGCCGCCUUCCUUCUGGGGCUCACUUGCCUUUGCUCUCCUUUGACUGCUCUGGUUCUUGACUUCAAUACCAUCAGGGGCUCGGCUGAAGUGUCCGGUUCCAAGAAGAGCCCGCAGUGCUUGACAGACAAAGAUUGCCGGGUGGGGAAAUAUUGUUACAAGCCCCAAGAGGAACAGCUGCCAUUCUGUGCUCCCUGCCAGGGCUUACGAAGAAGAUGCCAGGGGAAUGGGAUGUGUUGCCCGGGUAUGAUCUGUAUCAAUGAGGUGUGUGCGCAGGUGGAAAGGAUGCCCCUGGCUGAGGAGCAGAGAGACGGGAGACAGGCUGACUUGGGGGCCAAGGAACGACGGCCACGUCCGGCUCAAGCCGGGCAUGUCCGGAAGGAGGGAGCUCGGCCGAGGCCACGUAGCCCAGCUGGCACGGGGGAGCGCUGCCUCCGGACCUCCGAAUGUGCCCAAGGGCACUGCUGCGCCCGCCACUUCUGGGCCAAGAUCUGCAAACCUGUUCUCCUCGAAGGGGCCGUGUGUUCUGGGCGAGGGCAGAAGGAUGGCGGGGCGCCGGGCCCCGAAAUCUUCCAGCGUUGCGGUUGCGCACCCGGCCUGGUUUGUCAACGGCCCCUCCGGGGCGCCCCACAGAGAGCUCGCCUGCGUGUGUGCCGCAGCAACUAAGGAGGUUCUGAGCCUGGACGAGGGCAGAAACCGAGGGAGCCUGAAGCAAAGCAAAGCAAAGCAAGGCGCGUGGAUCAGUCCACCAGGGGCUGGCUGGCUGGGCACCCGGCUUCACGGACAUUGCACCCCUUAGGACCUUACUCGUCACUGAGUUACAGCCCUACUUGAGCUGGCUGAAAAUUAACUAGCAUGAACUUUGCUGCCCCCAUUUCUGUUCCUGUCUCUGACCCGGCUUAUCCCUGCGGUGGGAGGGGUGUCCUGAGUACGUGUGUUCAAGGCACUCUCAGUAAAGCAAUCAACAGAUUCCUCUUGUUUCCCCCCCUUUGAGUAUCCGCAGCUGGUGGGGGGCGGAAAUGCAUUAAUUUUGGUAGAGUUGUGAUGGGAGGGGGAGGGGCUGGAGGCAGGAAGCCAGUCAACGUUUGACUUUUGCAGCCUGUCAUGACAGGAAAGGACAAAAGACAACGGAAGGAGAACAGCAGUCCCUUCCGAAAUGCCCAUCUGAUGCCAGACCUGCUGAUAAACAGGCUAGAUCCGAGCAGGAGUCUCUCUCCCCGAUUCUCUUUUGGGUCCAGACAUAAACAGAAACGCUUCCCUGGUUCUUUUAACCCCGAUGGGGCCUAAUGAAGGGGUCCCCAACCAUUCUGGCUUUGCAGACUGGGAUGGGCGGGGAAAGGAAGAGGAAAUGGUUCCAUGUGAGCGGCAUUUGUGCAAGCAGUGGGCACUGGUUCCCGUGCCUGAAGCUCCAUUUGCAUAAGCAGCAGAUGCACCCACCACUCGCACAAUUGGAGCUUCCCUUGGCGAGAGGGCCUGCCACUUACACAAACAGAGUUGUGUGUGCAUGCUCGCCUGCUGCUUGCGUGGCCCUGUUCUGAACAGUACCGGGCUGGGGUCCCCCUGGCCUGAUGCAAUGGAAGAAACCGCUCCUCCCACUCAGUCACUUGAGAGCUCCAGGGAAGGCGGCUGGUGGGAGCUCCUUGCAGGGGGAGGAUCUGGUGAGCCAAAUGAGGCCGUUAUUCUCUG